CUCUGUGUAUUGCUGCCGCUGUAGCGCCAUGGCGGCCAACGAGGACCAGGAGAUGGAGCUUGAAGCGCUGCGCUCUAUCUACGAGGGAGAUACGUGCUUCAGGGAGCUUAGCCCAGUUUCCUUCCAGUACAGGAUAGGUGAAAGUGGAGAUCCCAAAGCCUUUCUAAUAGAAGUUUCCUGGCCAGAAACAUAUCCACAAACAGCACCACUCAUAUCGAUGGAUGCUUUCUUCAACAACACAAUAUCUUCAGCUAUUAAACAAAGUAUAUUGGAUAAGUUAAUGGUAGAAGUUGAGGCAAAUCUUGGAACUGCUAUGACAUACACACUUUUUGAAUAUGCCAAAGAUAAUAAAGAGGUGUUCAUGGAAAAUCAGCCUGUUAACACUGUGACUUCAGUAAGCAAUAGUAUUGCAAUUGGAACACCUGAUGUGCCAGCAAGUAAGAAAAAAGAUAAAAAGGAGCAGUUAUCCAAAACCCAGAAACGAAAACUAGCUGAUAAAACAGACAACAAAGGAGAGCUUCCACGAGGAUGGAACUGGGUGGACGUAAUUAAGCACGUAAGUAUUUUCAAGUUGUCUUUUUUAAUGUUGUAAGAUUUGCAAGAAAUAGUAAGAACUGUU